UACCCCGCAACCCACCGCCUCCUCUCUCAAUUGCAGGACGACUCCAGCUCGUGCAAGAUCCAGCUGGUGACGGUCAUGGAGGAGCUCUCGCGCAUCAAGAACCUGGAGUCGCGCGUGCACGAGCUCGAGAACGAGCGCCUCGGCCUCCAGCAGCAAGGCGACCAGCAGCAUGGUGAGCGGAGAGCGGGCGGGCGGGCCGUUCCCUCCGGUUUUCCCCGAAGCGGGGUGGGGGCGGCGCCGGCUUACUCCUCCUGCCCGACGCCCUUCGCCAUGGUGGGCGGCGAGUGCUUCUUCCUCGCCGACGAGGGGAAAAACACUCGGCGGGGAACCCGGGCCCCCCGAGGGAACCUCGCCUCCCUCAGGAGCUUCCUCGGCUCCGUGGAAGAUCCCCCUGAAUAUCUCUGGGUUGGCGGUUCGCAGCAGGACGACGGGAAAUGGGUGUGGACUUCAGGCACGCAGUCCGGCGUUCCCGUGGACAUGAGCAAGGACACGUGGAACGAGGAAGUGCCCAGCGGGAGCGGUCGUUGCAUGGGACUCUUUGGCCAGAGUUCUUACCGCGCUUACAACUACCACUGCAAGGAAAAGGAUUUCUUCGUGUGCCAAUACUACUUCUAAGAUUUCUUUUCUAUCAGUUUUAUACAAGUGGCCUCUGUCUUCAAGCGUGCUGUUUCUAUUUUUUUUUUCGGAGUGUCAAUGCCGUCACCCGCGCCACAUGUUCUGAUGGCGUUUGUUAUAUUUUUUUCCGUUUUUUUUUUCUUUCUUUCUUUCUUAUAAUUUUCCCCUCUCUCUCACGUGCAUCAGGAGAGAGAGCGAGAGGAAAGAUUGUAGAAAAGGAGAUACGUGAGCCUUUUUCAGAGAUUCAGUAUAUUACAGUGUUUUUUUCUUUCUUUCUUUCUUUCUUUCCUUUCUUUUUCUUGUUACCCUGACAUUAGAAUACGCAAGAUUAAUACUCAAUGUUUGUAGCAGCUUUAGCUUGGGUUGAUAUGCAGGCAGGCCUCCGUUAGUUCACGUGAAAUAGAUGUUUGUGAUUAGACCCGAAAAGAAUGUCUUUAGCUGUGCUUCUAGUGAUCUACGUGCCACGAAAUUGCCAAUUCUACUAGAACAUGCUUUACACUGCUCUGAAGACAAAGUAAGGCUUCAUCUCAGUGAUCAAAACGUAGUAAAGCAGCUAUACUUUAACAGACAUACACAGACGCACACGUAAGAGCACAAACACACACACACACAUACACACACACACACACGCACACACACACACACACACAAACACACACACACACACACACACACACACACACACACACACACACACACACACACACACACACACACACACACACACACACACACACACACACACACACACACACAGCGGAAUGAUCGGUUAGAAUACAAGGCAAAGAAUUGUGCAUUGUUUACGUGCUAAAAGCAA